AUGGCUGUACCUCCCCAGCUGUUGGUGCUGUGCUGGAUGUUUGGACUGGGUUGCUGUCAAAAUUCACAUAGCUGGUUGCACAACAUCCCUACCAGCCUCUUCAAUCUGUCUGGGGACAUUUUGCUAGGAGGUCUAUUUCCCAUCAACCUGUUCACCGGCAACCGAAGUCAGAGUGAGAUGCCUAAUGACAUCAGCUGUAACAGCGUAAAUGAGGUUGGACUGGGUCUUGCUAUAGUGAUGAAAUACACUGUGGAUGAGAUCAAUGCCAACCAAAUGCUGCUCCCAGGCAUCAAGCUGGGUUAUGAAAUCUUUGACACAUGCUCUCAAUCUUCUAUUAUUGUGAAGUCUACCGUCUACUUCCUCACGGAGAAAUCCACCGGAAAUUUGGCUGUCAAGUGUAAUUAUACCAACUAUGAGCCCAGGAUGGCAGCUGUAAUUGGUCCGGCCACCUCGGAAAUGGUGUCAGUCAUAGGAAAACUCCUGGGAUUCUUUCUGAUGCCACAGAUUAGCUAUGGAGCCACCAGUGAAACAUUCAGCAACCGGUACCUCUACCCAUCUUUCCUGCGUACGGUGCCCGGUGACAAAUGGCAAGCGGAGGCCAUGCUGCACCUGCUGAGGGAAUUUAAUUGGAACUGGGUGGCAUUGGUGGGCAGUGACGAAGAGUAUGGCCGCAAGGGCCUGGAUGAGGUUUCCCGGCUAGCAGUAAAGAUGUCUAUCUGUGUGGCUUAUAAAGGGCUGAUCCCCAUCUACAGCGAGGCUGAGCCCGUAGUCAGAAACAUCCUGGACAACAUUAAAGCAACCAAAGUAGGCGUGGUAGUGAUCUUUUCCCUCGCUCCGUCGGUGGAAAUUUUCUUCAAAGAGGUCAUUAGGAGGAAUAUGACCGGUGUAUGGAUCGGUAGUACGGCGUGGGCCUUCAGCGAUCGUCUGACUCUCCUCCCCAACAUUCACACAGUUGGCACAAUCAUAGGAUUUGCAGACAGGACGCAGACCCUGGACUCGCUGACUAAUUACACAGAGGUACUCCUCAGCAAACUAAGUGGGAGCCUGUCCUCUCAAGCUCUACCGUCAGCCACAGUGGGUCCCUACGGUCCAUGCCCACAAUGUUGGACCUUGUCACCUGCAAAUAUAAGCGUUGUGACGACGCCUUCAGUGCAGCGUGGAGCUUACAAUGUCUAUACUGCCAUCUACAGUGUGGCACAGGCACUGCACAAGCUGCUGGGAUGCAACGCAACCAACUGCGUGUGGGGAGCUGAAAGCAAGAUCCGCCCUUGGCAGCUGUUGGAAGUGUUGAAGAAUAAUCCUUUAGAGAUGAAUGGAACGCAUUUUGCUUUUGACAGCAGUGGCAGCCUAAACAAGAGUUACGACUUGGUGGAGUGGGUCUGGAAAAAUGCAAGUUUGCAUUUUAUAAAUGUUGGAACCUUUAACAAUAAACUUUUACUCAACAAAACCCUCCUCACAUGGCACAUGGCAAACUCGGGGGUCCCUCAGUCCACCUGUUCAGCAGAAUGUGUGGCAGGCCAGGUGCGAAGAGUCAAAGGCUUCCAUUCGUGUUGUUUUGACUGCAUCAACUGUUUGGAGGGCACUUUCCAGGCAGGAAAGGAUGACAUCCAGUGCACUAACUGCCCUGAGGGACAGUGGUCCCUAAUGCGCAGCACCAAUUGCAGUCACCCUACCUUUGACAUCUUAUCCUGGGACAAGCCUGAGUCAGUGGGAAUGAUGCUGGCUGGACUGAUGCUGCUGAUGUGCCAGGGGUCAGUGGGGCUGCUGUUUCUGAAAUACAGAGGGACCCCGCUGGUAAACGCCUCUGGUGGGGCCCUGAGUGGUGUGGUUUUGCUCAGUCUGUCAGCAGGCUGUCUCAGCCAGCUGCUUUUCCUGGGUCAGCCUGGUGACCUGGUGUGUCGUCUGCAGCUACCCCUCACCUCAAUCUUUCCAACAGUGGCCCUCUCCAUUAUUACAGCCAUCUCACUACAGAUACUCUACAUAAAUGAGUUCCCUCAGAAAGCCACUUCUCACCUGGACAUGAGAGGCCUUGGAGUCUGGCUGCUUGUGAUAAUCUGCUGUUGUGUACAGGCAGGGCUCUGCGGCUGGUAUGUGCAGAGAGCAAUUUUGCAAUCUGAGCACCUAGCUCAGUUAAAAAUAAGAUUUUUGCGAUGGUUUUUGACAUGUCCUGCAGAGCCCGCACUGGGCUUUGGCUUAAUGCAAGGCUUCAACUGUGGCUUGGCCCUCAUAUCCUUCAUGUCCACCUUCAUGGCGGCGAAGCCUCUCCGACAGUAUAACCUGGCCAGGGAUAUCACCUUCUCCUCUCUGAUCUACUGUGUCAUUUGGGUGAUCUUUAUCCCCAUCUAUGCCGGCAUGUCUGACAAGCACAGAUCAUUUAUUCAAAUGUCUUUCAAUCUGGUAAGCAACAUGGAACUAGUGGCAGCCUACUACUUUCCAAAGUGCUACCUGUUGCUGAGCAAACCGGAGCUCAACACUUCGGCCCACUUCUGCACGUUUCUGGAAGGUGCACCACCGACGCCUACUGAGGAGGAGCAGCAAAGCCCAUCGCCACAGUCAGAGCAAGAGACACAGUACAGCCAAGAAGAGUAA